UGUUACACCACGUCUCUGGUUACACGUACUUUCGUUUUGAACACCGACCGCCAUUUUGAAACCACAAUGUCGAGAUAGUCGAGAGUUUAAAUUUAAAGCCAUGCCGCAUCUGCCCGCAACCGAUGCCAAUAGUGAUGAUUACCAUCCAAUGGAGGGACCCAGGAUGCCACCCGCACCAGAUCCUGACCCUCUACCACCCACUGUGCAGAUUGGGGACUUCCGAACUUUACAAUGCAGUUUGUGUGAGGAAGCACUGAGUCGUCAUGACAACAGUCUCCAUGGUGAUCAAUGUUGUGGCGUCAUAUUGGAGACUCAAGACGUCAUUCCGCAAGAAGUUAGAAACUUUGACUUCCCAUAUUCUAGUACAGAAAGGCUAGGUCGUCGACAGGGGGUGACGAGAAGAACAUUUGGCAGCAGCAUCAACAACAAAGUCAUCAUUUCCAAACAGUAUAACCGGAGUGACUUCCAGAGAACUGAGGUAGAACUAGCAAUUACAAGUGGACUUGGUACGAUUGUUGAAGUUAUAGGUGUCAUAUGGAACCAGCACAAGGUGCAAGUUUUGCAGAAGCUUUUUAAUGGAGUAACACUGACAGAGCUGCUUAAAAUACGUCACCGACUUGACCACGAUGAGGUGUAUCUGUUGACCUACAAGAUGUUGUGCUUCUUGAAAGACUUACACAGCAGGAAUAUUCUUCAUCGAAACAUCGACCCUGAUCACAUCAUGAUAUCGAGAACAGACCAGCGGAUCUGUGUAGUUGGAUGUAGUGCUCUGUGCAAUAUUGACGAUUGCACAUCAGAGUUUUCCGACUCCUUACUCCUCACCAGAGGUUACACGCAGGCGAAGAUCAUGGAUACAAGAGUGAUGUCUUCAGCCUAGGUUGUACUAUGCUCAGUGCUCUGUCCGGGAAAAUACCAUAUUUUGGAACAGACAGGCAACAGAUAACCUUAAACGAAUUCUACAUAAGAUCGCCAUUGGUGAGUUCCCAGUGGACAUCAUCAUCCGUGACAUGGACACUCAAACAUUAAUGUGCCAAAUAAUAUCAGACAUGACCAAGUCUUCCCAGGAGAGAUUUUCCGUGAAUGAGAUUCUUGAGAAAUAUUACAGUCAUGAAGAACCUGCAUGGGAAAACUGUUACUACCAACCACUCGGUACAGCAGCCCCUGUUGAUCAGUAUAGAACCCCACCGGAACCAAAUGUACCAAUUCCACCCCUGUCUGAUCAGAGGGAGUACAGGGAACAUCCCUAGUGCCAUUAUCUUGGAAUCGUCUUCGGACAAUGAAGAAGAGGGUGGAGAAGAGAGAGGAGUGGGCGAAGUAGAGGAGAGAGGAGAAGCGAUGUAGAAGGCGAAAAGAGAAGAGCUGCCCAGUAAACCUCCCUCGGAUCAUUUCUCCGACAGUGGGAGACAGACUAUAUCAGAAAUCAUGUUAGGCCCUUACUCGGGGUUGGGCCGGUAUGGUAUUUUGACAGUUCCCUUGUCC